GGUUAUAGGUUAGAUCAUUACAUCCACACUCGGGGGAUUACCAUUUCCCACCGUUGAGAGUUGAGAGGGCCAAACCGGCCAAAGAGGAACACUUUUAGGGGUGGAUGAGAUCCUUGAGAAGCAGGUGAUUUUUUUCCCCACAGUUGAGAGAGCACGAGGGUCAUCCUAUGGAGUAAUAAUCUUUCAAGAAUUCUGCUUCUGGCGGAGCUGAAAAUCCUAAAAUAUUGAAUGAGAUAUGGCCACUUCAUCCAUCACCCUCUCGACUCAAUUCCUUCACCUAUCCAAGCCAAGAACAAGAGUGUGCCUUUCUUCUUGUUCUUCUCCUCCUCCUCCUCGCAGGACCUAUGGACUGAAAAAGUCUUUCCAGAUAUUAAUACCGGUGUCGCAGCCUAAGAAUCGGAGGAAAAUUCUGCUUUUUCCAGUAGCUGCGCUGGGUAAAACGCCCUCGGAGGCUGAGGGUAUGGUGGGGGAGGAUUCCGCAGAAUUCGACUUCUCCAAACAGAAAACUUCAUCUUGGGUUUACUUUACUGUGAUUCUCGCCAUUGUUCUCUAUGCUCUCUACUCCAUGUGGAUAGAUAACUCCACCGGCUUCGGAAAAAGCUUCAUCGACGCCGUUUCUAGCCUCUCAGAGAGUCACGAGAUCAUAAUGUUUGCCCUUACUCUGAUCUUUGCAAUAGUACACAGUGGACUUGCUAGUCUUAGAGACCAGGGGGAGAGACUCGUAGGAGACCGUGCUUUCCGUGUAUUAUUUGCUGGAAUAUCUCUGCCAUUGGCGGUUAGCACCAUUGUGUAUUUUAUCAAUCAUCGAUAUGAUGGGGUGCAGUUAUGGCAAUUGCAGAGCUUUCCUGGAGUGCAUCAGCUUGUUUGGUCUUCUAACUUCAUUUCUUUUUUACUCCUCUCCCCAUCAACCUUUAAUCUGCUAGAGAUUGCAGCUGUAGAUCGGCCAAAAAUGCAUCUUUGGGAAACUGGGAUCAUCAGAAUUACUAGGCACCCUCAGAUGGUUGGGCAGGUGAUAUGGUGCCUUGCACACACGCUAUGGAUUGGAAACUCCGUCGUUGUGGCAGCAUCAGUGGGUGUGAUAGGGCACCAUCUGUUUGGGGUCUGGAAUGGUGACCGUAGGUUGGCAACCCGAUACGGGGAGGAGGCAUUCAAUGCUGUGAAGAACCGGACUAGCAUCGUCCCCUUUGCAGCCAUUCUGGAUGGUCGCCAAAAGUUGCCAAAAGAUUAUUACAGGGAGUUCAUCAGGUUGCCAUACCUGGCCGUAACUAUAUUGACAUUAGGUGUUUACUUUGCACACCCACUUAUGCAGGCUGCAAGCUUCCAGCUUCACUGGUAGUUAUUUUUAGUUCAUAAUGUGCCACUCUCUUGCCACCGUGUAAACUCGAGUGGGAUGUGGGUAGGGUGGAUACAAAUUGAUAAUAUAAAUGUUCAUGGAUGUAAUCCGUCAUCUAUCGUAAUAGAUUCAUGUUAUUUGUCUGUUCCUGCGCCUUGCCAGCGGUUCUAAAAUUGAAUGCAAAUAUGACGUCAUUGACUGUUAAA